AUGAGCCUUAUGGUGAAGUAUGGUUUACGUCCUGGUACUUUGAAGAGUGAAUUUUUCGGAGUUCUGCUAGAGCGAGGAAUUCAUGGGUUGAAAGAUUAUGAGUUGGCGAAGUCAUUGCAGAUUUCUGAAUUGAACCUUUCUAGUGGAAUAGAGGAACUAGAAUUUCAUCAUCCACCUAUCGUGUAUAUUAGUUAUUCUAAAAAGAUAGUGGCGGAAUCCCAAUUAGAUACCGAAGACUCUGGAGCAGUUGAUGAUGACCUCGGUGACCGUGGUACAUGUAGCAGUGAUGAUGAUUCUGGGUACAAUUCAGGAAAUUCCAAAUUGAAAAAGUUGACUUAUAUGAAAUAUGGCAAAAGUAAAGAUAACGUGGUGAUAGUAUACACCAAAAUUGAUGAGAGCCAGGAGAAGUAUGGUUGUUAG